CUGAGGCAGUUUUCCAACAAGGACAUCUUUGGUUCAAAGAGGGCAAAGUAUGUCGAGGGUCUUGUAUAGAUGACAAAGACGUUAAGAAUGCAGUUGAAGCUAAAAAGGAAGGGAUUGAUAACACAGCGUUUGAACUAAAUGAAAAAGUGACACACACAAUUUCUGCCAAUGACAAAACAGAUAAUAACAUUCAAUGUGUACAAGAUACCGGUAACCCAAAAAGCAAUACAGAAAAUAGUGGUGGAGAGCAUAGCUACGGGAAACACAUCUGGUUAAUAAUAACGGUUGCAGUACUUGUCAUCCAAUACGGUCUUUGCUUUGGUGUUGAAAUCGCCGUGAACACGGUCAUGAACUUGUACUUUUUGUACCAAUUUGAGAAGGAAGGGUGCGCAGAAGGAUUACACGACGGUAUGCAAACCAAUAGCACCACAAAUAUGACCAGCACCACAGUCCAUGCACCGUCAGAUGAUCCAAAUCCAUGCAGUAUUCUAUCGCAGAACUCUGCAAGUCUAAUCGCUUCUCUCUUUGGUUUAAUAAAUUUAUUUGCAAGAGCUCUUGGUGGAAUAUUUUCCGAUUCAAUGAGGAAGUACUUACAAAUCCCUGGUCGGCUAUUGGCGCAUACUAUAUGUAUGACAGGAGAAGGUGUAUUGCUGAUUAUAUUCAGCCGAAUGGAGACAAUACCUACAGCAAUUAUAGCUAUGGUUGCUUUCAGUCUAUUUGUUCAGAUGUCUGAAGGUUCUACUUUCGCCAUUGUUCCAUACAUUCAUCCACAACGUGUUGGUCUUGUUGCCGGAUUCAUAGGUGCUGGAGGGAACGCAGGUGCAUUGAUUUGGAACACGAUAUGGUUGAAUCUGGUUGAUACUGAUCCUAGUCAGUGGUUUUUAUUUUUAGGUAUAUUUGUUCUUUGUGGCAAUGUGUUGACAUUGAUUAUUCAAGUGCAGAGAAAGCGAAUCUGGAGUAUCUUCAGUAGAUGCUGUUAUCACAAACAAUGGGUGAUCCAGAAUUAAUGAUACUGUUAUCAUAUAUCUUUUACUUAUAAACAUUUGAGAUGAUUGUUUGUAUCAAUAAACUUCAAUUUAUUGCCCAACCAUUAAACUGUUUGAAUUUGUUAGACUAAUGGGAAAUCAUUAUUUGCGUUUCUGUAGCGACCCUUGUUUGGUAGAGCAGUGAACCUGGAUAAAAAAGGUCCGGUAUGUUCUGUUUCUAAUGUUGAAUUUAGGCGCCGCAGUCCAUUAUGUUUUUCUGACUUUUGAUACUUGUAUGUCAUCUUACAAAAUAUCAGCGACUUUACUAUUUCUUUUUGCAAAAGACUUGAAUAAGGAAGUUAUCAAAUCUUGCUGAAAAGGCGUCAUCAGAAUCACAUUUGUGCUAAUUUUAAAUUAUGCUACCAACUUGGAUACGGUAGUUUGCUAAUACUGAUAAUACGUGCAGACAUAUACAGAAGGGGAAAACAUGGUUAGUUUUUUAAUGACAGCGGCGAUUUAGAAAUAAUUACAGGUGGUGCCAUAUGCUGUGCGAAACUGGAUAAAGUUAUGCGGCAAUGCUCAAUUACUGGAUUGCGAGUCACGAGAAAUAUAUAUCUUGUAAGGGUGCUUAUGAAGAGAUCUUGCCAUGUGCCGCACCUAAAAAGGUACGAAGGUAGUAAUUUGCCGGAUAUGCUUCCCUGGCCCACUCGAAUGUAGUCCAUACCAGUAUAUAGUGCCAUUUUCCCGCCUGGUAGAAGCCAUUUGCUUGCCAGAUAUAAGCAUUACUGAUGCUUAAUUGUAAAAAGAAAUUUCUGCGGAUCAUUUGAAGCUACGUCACUUGCCUCUUAAUUAAUGUGUUAGCUGGUGAAAGUAAGUAUUUCCUGAUGUCUACCUUAGCAAUAUUUAUAUGCUUUCCGUUUCGGGGAGAUUUAAUGUUGGCGUAAAUAAAGCUAUUACAUAAUUUUGGAAUAACACUAGUGUAGGAAAGUUUUCACGUUGACGUCAUUUUAAGCAUCGGAGAUGGUGGUCGAUUUGACUUGGUCUGUAAUAGGUAUACAAAGAAGAUUUUUUUAUGUUUCAGCAGUUAAAGCUAACAUGUGCUUACAUUUGUGUCUUUCUGCAUUUAUUAAACUCGUUGAAUAAAAUUGAUAAAAUGCACGACAGAGCAUUGCAUUUUAUAACUUUAUUCAACGAGUUAAAUGAAUUCAAUAUAAAAGGCACUCAUGUAUAAUCCUCUAUGUCUGAGAGCAAUCAAAUUCUUUCUGAAGGCGCUUGGAAAUAUAUGAUUUUUCUGUUUGGCAGAAAAUUGAUUAUUGAGAAAUCAUGUAAUUUUGUGGACCCAAAAUUUCAUGGUUUUUGCCUAAAAGGAUAUUUUUGUGUGGAUACGAGUUCACGUAUUUUCACCUUUGAACUUAAAAUGGAUGGAAAUUUUACUACUUCGAUGGGAUUUCAUGGAUUGACACAAACACGAUAUCCACAAAAUAGUAAGUCUGUCACUAGUAUUAUAAUAUAUAAAAUGGAAACAUUUUAAUUAGCUGUACUUCUUAGUAUUCUACUUUAAAAUAAGCAUAAACAAUAAAAAAGUCAAUAGUAAUAUAUGUUUUUUAUUUCAAAAUAGUUAUUAAUUACCAGCAAGUAAAAGGCAAGUUAUGAAGAAACAAUGACAGAAAUGUCUUAUUCUUAUAGUUAUUACUCAUGUUACAAACACUGUCAUAAAACAAACAUUUUAAUUUUUAAAAAAAUCAUGAAAUUUUGAGAUAAUAUUUUUGAAUACAUACCACUUUAUAAUAUUCAAGUUAUCUGAAACACUUUUCCAAAUUUAGCUCUUUUUUAAAGUACUAUUGUAGAAAAAAGAAUUAAAUGCAUAUGUUGCCAUGGUAACAUAAUUUAAGAAUGUUUUCAUAGAAAAUGUGAAGGACUUUAGCCAGCUAGAUCUUUGCACUUUGAGUGAAUAUCUAAAUAUUCUUUGUA